AGUCCAUCUCCUGACGUUCAAGUUCGCAGGAACGUCACGUCCGCACUUGAACUUGCAGCUCAGGGGGGCUUCUCUGUACCCCCAUCACUCUCUCUUUGCGAAAAAGUCAUGAAGAGGUCCGCACAACCCGCCGCGCGCUCCGCCUCACCCUGUGAAUGAUCUGCACUUCAUUUUUUCUUUGCUUUUUUUCCUCACUUGGAUGUCCGAGGCAUCAAUGAAGAUAUUUCAUUUGGAGUCUAUCUUAUAGGAAAGGAUUUCCCAAUGUGAACUCAGCUGAAGAGCCGACUCUAAACCAACAUGUCUCGCCGCAAGCAAGGCAAACCCCAGCACUUGAGCAAACGGGAGUUUUCGCCUGAACCGCUGUCAGGCGUUUUACCCGAAGACGUCUCUCAGGACUCCCCCGGGCUGGGCGAGGAUCAGGGUGAGCCCCUCAAAGGGGACCAGGACCUGCUGACCUGUGGCCAGUGCCACUCCCGCUUCCCCCUGGCCGACAUCCUGCUGUUCAUUGAACACAAACGGAGGCAGUGCCACGGGAGCCUCUGUGCAGACAAACCUCUGGACAGGCCGCCCUCCUCCCCGCUCGCCUCCCCCCUCUCCACGUCCUCCAUGCACUCACGGACCCACCAACAGCACCCGCGGAGGGUGUACCACCCAGUAGAGGUGGCAGUUCAGGUGUCGCCGCGGGAUGAGGAUUGUUUAUCUGCACCCUUGCAAGGAAUAAUCCCUAAGCAGGAGAAUAUCACAGAUAAAGAUGAGCCCAGCAGCUACACCUGCACCACCUGUAAGCAGCCUUUCACCAGUGCCUGGUUCCUGCUCCAGCAUGCCCAGAACACCCACGGUUUCCGCAUCUAUCUGGAAAGUGAACCUGGCAGCCCCCUCACCCCUCGCGUGGCUGCAGCUCCUGGGAUGGGUGGUGACUGUGCCUCCCAGCCUCCUCUCCAUGCUGUCCACCUAGCUGAUGGCAGUCCUUACAGCCUCCUGAGGAUGCCGGGCUCCGGUUCUGGUCGGGAUUCAGCAUCCACGCCUCGUGAGGGUCGCUACCCCCGAACCCCACCGCUGUUCAGCCCGCCACCACGACACCACCUCAGCCCUGAUGACCUGGCACUGGCAACCCACCAUCCUAGCGCCUUUGACAGGGUGAUGAGGCUCAACUCAGUGCCACUAGAAGCCCCUCCCAGCAUGGACUUUUCUAGGCGUCUACGUGAGCUGGCUGGAAAUGCAACUGGGGCUUCCCCGCCUCUCUCCCCUAACAGGCCCAGCCCUAUGCAACGGCUGCUGCAGCCAUUUCAGCCAGGUUCUAAGCCUCCAUUUUCAGCUACACCUCCCCUCUCCACUUCUCAGUCACCUUCUGGUGCACGAUCCACCCCCAAUCCUGUGUCCAAUACGGUACAACCGAGCACUCCUCUCAAGGCAAAGUCUUGUGAGUUCUGCGGGAAGACUUUCAAGUUCCAGAGCAACCUAAUAGUUCAUCGGCGUAGCCACACUGGGGAAAAGCCAUUUAAGUGUCACCUCUGUAACCAUGCCUGCACCCAAGCCAGCAAACUGAAGCGACACAUGAAGACACACUGUCAGAGCAAGUCUUCUGUGGUGAAUGCCAAGUCAGACGAUGGCCUUUCCACUGCAAGCUCCCCCGAACCUGGUACAAGUGAUCUGAUAGGCAGCGCCACAGACGCUCUAAAGUCAGUGGUGGCCAAGUUCAAGAGUGAAAACAAUGGCAUAUUGUCUGAAAAUGGAGAAGAAGAGGAGGAAGAAGAGGAGGAGGAGGAAGAGGAGGAAGAAGAGGAGGAGGAGGAAGAAGAGGAGGAGGAAGAGGGGGAGGAGGAGGAGGAGGAAAUGGACAGCAAGACUGAAGUGGAAGAAGCAGAGGGAAAAAAUGACUAUCGUUUUAGCCUUCGAUUGGAAGGGGCUCGCCACCACCAGAACAGCGAUGCACUGCACCCGCGUCACCGAAGCUUGUCCCGGGACCAGGGUGACGAAGAAUCAGGCAUGGACCCAGACCUAGCAGUUGACGGAACCACUAAAAACGUCAACGGCAUAGGACCUCUAUCAUCUGACAGACUGUCAAGGAAGCUGCUGGACGGAGGAGAAAGCCCUGUCUCUCUCAGUCCCCUGUCCAAGCGUAUAAAGGUGGAGAAUGACAUCGACCCCCCCAUGGCCACCAUCCCAAACACAGAGAACGUUUACUCCCAGUGGCUUGCUGGUUAUGCUGCCUCACGACAACUCAAGGACCCCUUCAUCAGCUUCACAGGUGGGGACUCCAGACAAUCGCCCUUUGCCUCCUCAUCUGAGCACUCUUCAGAAAAUGGCAGCUUGCGCUUCUCCACCCCGCCAGGCGAGCUGGAUGGGGAACGGGCUGCCUCAGGACGCAGUGGAACCGGCAGCGGGGCUAGCACUCCCCAUGGCGGCAGCGGCAACGGCAGGCCGAGCUCUAAAGAGAGUCGACGCAGUGACACUUGUGAGUAUUGCGGCAAGGUGUUCAAGAACUGCAGCAACUUGACAGUGCACAGACGCAGCCACACUGGGGAGCGACCCUAUAAGUGUGAGCUGUGCAGCUAUGCGUGCGCCCAGAGCUCAAAGCUCACCCGCCACAUGAAGACCCAUGGACAGAUGGGUAAGGACGUGUAUAAAUGUGAAAUCUGCCACAUGCCUUUCAGUGUAUACAGCACUCUGGAGAAACACAUGAAGAAGUGGCACAGUGACCGCCCUCUGGCUAAUGACAUUAAGACUGAGUAGUCAAAGAGCAGCAUGCUGGCAGCUCUCUCUCAGCUCCCCCGGCUAAAAAGUGACCCUGGUUAACUAGCCACUAAGUGAGGGGACAGGACAACAGGGUUAGACACCAGUACAUGGUACAGCCCUGUUAUCACCCCUGACUGGAAAAGCUGAAUGCAUGAUCCAUCAUUGGGGCAAUAUAUUGCAUCAACCGCAAAACUUUUUGAGCCUUUCUAUUGUGCAAUAAUUUACACGUUUUGUAUUUUUUUGUAACUGGACAGCAUGCUUGGUUUGUUUUGGCUACAUAGCGAAAAAAUGUCCUUGGCUGGUUGGUUUGGUUGUACAUGUGUUGCUGUUGAUACUAAGAAUUCUUCAACAUAAAAAAGUUAGAUAUGAGAUUCCAUGCUGCAUACAGUACAUACUGUUUUACAUAUCAUGUACAGCUUUGUGUUCAAACAAAGUGGACAGUGUCAUAAUAUCAAAACAUCAAGACAAGCAGGGUCACACUUAAAAAAAGAUCUUUGUGAAAGAUUUUCCAUGCAAGAUUGAGAUAAGAGUUAUUAUAUAUAUGUAUAUGAAAAUUUGGCUGCCUAUGAAAUGCUAGGCACGAGCGCCAUUGAAUAUUCCUUCGACAAACAGCAAUGAAAUUAACAAUAUGGUGUGUAAUGACAACAUGAGUGCCUUGGAUAUUUUACCUGCAUUAGUUAAUCCUCCUUCUUACUAUAAGCUCGGAGAUUCAGCUGUACAAUUUACAGGACAAUUUUGUGCACAUGUGGAACAAGCAGGUCCUUGCAUCAAGCACCUGUACGACCCUGUUGUUUUGUGACUUAGCAGAGCGUAAGGAACCAGCUGAAAGAAAAACAGAAAAAAGAGUAUGUGUACCUCUGGUAAAUCAUUUAUCUGCCUGACUCAUGUAUAUUAUUAUUCUUCAGAUUAUGAUUCUGUUUACUGGCAUGCCACAUGCUAAAAAGGAGUAGAAGUUUGGUGUGUAGACUUUUGGUUUUGGUGUUUAUGUUUCCUGGUACAUGUGUACUUUACUGAGAGGGUUGUCUGACGAGUUGUUUUAACCAACGUAAAGCUCUUAAUUUUC